GAGAGGAUCCUUUCGGUUGAUACAAUCAUAAAAGGAUGACCUCAUGAGGUUUAGCUUUUGAAAACAUUAACCACUUUCUUUCAUCUCUCUAUCUCGCACACACACUGAUUCACAUCAGACAUGGAUUCACUACCAGUAACCAAGAAGCCACAUGCUCUUCUGAUCCCAUUUCCAACUCAAGGUCACAUAAACCCUUUUCUCAAACUAGCAAAGCUCCUCCACAGUAAAGGCUUCCACAUAACCUUUGUGAACACUGAGUUCAAUCACCAACGCCUCCUCAACUCUAGAGGCUCCAAUGCCCUCAGUGGCUUCCCAGAUUUCCACUUUGAGACCAUUCCUGAUGGUCUCCCUCCCACCAACAAGGAUGCAACUCAAAACAUUCCAGCCUUGUGUGACUCCACAAGAAAAAAUUGCUUCACCCCAUUUUGCAAUCUCAUCUCAAAGCUUAAUCACUCAAAUGCCCCUCCAGUCACUUGCAUUUUCUCUGAUGGCAUCAUGUCCUUCACAGUCAAAGCUUCUCACCAAUUUGGGCUACCCAACAUUCUCUUUUGGACUCACAGUGCUUGUGGCUUCAUGAGCUUCAAACAAUGCAAGAAUCUCAUGGACAGAGGCCUAAUACCACUCAAAGAUGCAAACUAUUUGACAAAUGGGCAUUUAGACACUGUCAUAGACUGGAUUCCUGGCAUGAAGAAUAUCAAUCUGAGGGACCUUCCUGGUAUCUAUCGAACCACAGAUCCAAAUGACAUACUUUUGGACUUUGUGGUAGAACAAACUGAAGAAGCUUCAAAAGCUUCGGCAAUUAUUUUGCCAACUUUUGAUGCAUUGGAGCAUGAUGUGCUGAAUGCACUCUCCACAAUGUUUCCAAAACUUUACACCAUAGGCCCACUGGAGUUGCUCCUCGAUAAAACCUCAGAGAGCACAUUUGACUCUAUUAAAUGUAAUUUGUGGAAAGAAGAUUCUGAGUGUCUCAAAUGGUUGGAUUCACAGGAACCAAAUUCGGUUCUUUAUGUGAAUUUUGGUAGUGUUAUUGUCAUUAGACACCAACAACUUGUUGAGUUGGCAUGGGGAGUAUCAAAUAGCAAGAAAAAGUUUUUGUGGGUGAUUAGGCCUGAUUUAGUUGAGGGUGAGGCCUCAAUCUUGCCAGCAGAAAUAGUAGAAGAAACCAAAGAUAGAGGUUUAUUGGUGGGUUGGUGUCCUCAAGAGCAAGUUUUGAAGCACCCUGCAGUGGCAGGGUUUUUGACUCACUGUGGUUGGAAUUCCACGCUUGAAAGCAUAACCAAUGGGGUGCCACUGAUUUGUUGUCCUUUUUUCAAUGACCAAAUUCUCAAUUGCAGGUAUAUUUGUCGUGAAUGGGCUUUUGGCAUGGAGAUGGAUAGUGAUAAUGUUACAAGGGGUGAAGUGGAAAAUCUUGUGAAGGAAUUAUUAGAGGGUGAAAAGGGUAAGGAGAUGAAGAAAAAAGCAACUGAGUGGAAGAAAUUGGCUGAAGAAGCUACCAACACUAAUGGUUCUUCCUUUCUGAAUUUGGAAAAAAUUGUGGAUGAAUUGCUGCAAUUCAAGAGUUAGGCAACAGGAAACUAAGUUGACAUUACUUGGUUUUCCAACUACUAAUCUUAAAUAUAUGUAAGAUAUUGUUGUAAUGCACUAAUGCUAUCUUCUAAUGGUGAUGUAGAUGAAUUUUCCAACUGUGUUAAUGUGGGAUUUAAUAUUUUCAUUCCGAGUUAA